AUGACUCCGUACGUCAUCGCUUUGGGUGUGGUCGUGGCCCUGAUGACCUACUUCCACGUAUCAUCGCAUCCGUCCCCUGGAUCAUUCAGCUCCGUCGGCCCGUCGUACCUUCCGCCGAAUCUCGGCUGGGUCGCGUUUCUUUUUCCCAGCGCGAGCAAGGUCGACGCGACGAUCUGCCGCGCGGAGGCGAAUUACUGGGAGAACGUUGAGCGGCGGCGCAAGGAGUUUCGAGGCGUGCUCCAGCCGGUUCUGGCCAACCCCGUGCGAAUGAAGGAGCUGAUUCUCGUGCCCAUGUACACGUGCCCGCUCAACGAGCGCAUCGGGAAAUGGGGCGACGGGGGGAAGUGGGCGUGCAUGAUGCAGUCUGUCAUCCAGAAGAAAGACCCGGUCGUGUACAGCGUCGGCAGCUUCGGCAUGUAUUCAUUCGAGGAGGAGAUGCAUGAAGCGCUGCGCACCAUGCCCUACACAUUCGACCCCUUCCUUUCCCCUGAGAAGCUCAAGAUCAUGACCUCCCUCCCGUUCCUCCACUUCAUCGAAAUCGGCCUCUCCGGAUCCGCCUCCCUCCCCGCCUACCACUCAAAAUUCCCCGCAAAAAAAUUUGCGACGCUGCCCGAAUUGAUGGGGCAGUUCGGGCACAGCUAUGUGGAUGUAUUUAAGAUUGACUGCGAGGGGUGCGAGGUGGAGUUGAUUAAAGACCUUGGCAAGGAGUAUAGCAACACGGAUAAGAGGCUGGCGGUGCAUGGGGGAAAACUUCCUUUCGGGCAGAUCCUUAUCGAAUUCCACAACAUGGACAAGAGUGUGAAGACCCUCGCCAUGUUCUACACACUGGAGAACCUCGGGUAUCGCCUGUUCAGCAUUGAAUACAACCACCAAUGCGCCGUGUGCUGUGAGAUGAGCUUCAUUCACGAGAGCCUUGUGCGCCCAGGUAGCGCCACUGAUUGCCGCCCGUUCCUGGCACCCCCGCUAGAGAACAAGCUGGAAAUGGAGGGGAUGUCUGCUGGUGAUGGUGCCGCUGCUGCUGCUGCUGCUGCUGCGCUAGCUGCUGCUGCUGCAGCUGACUCUGGUGAUAUAGAAAUAACGGAUGGUGAGGUGGGUGGUGGUGCCGAUGGUGCUGCUAAUGCUAAUGGUGCUGAUGGUUCUGCUGUCGCUACUGCUGGUGGCAAGGAGGUUGAGCCUGCUGGUGGUUUGCCUGUGGAACCUGGGAAGUUGGUGGGUUUUGAUGAGCCAGCUGGUGGUAAGGAAGCUGACUCUACUGCUGGUUUGCCUGUGGAACCUGGGAAGUUGGUGGGUUUUGAUAAGCCAGCUGGUGGUAAGGAGGCCGGGCCUAGUGAUGGUUUGCCUGUGGAGCCGGGAAAGUUGGUGGGCUUUGAUAAGCCAGGGAAGCAGAAGAACGACAUAGGGGAUACAGAGCAGGAGGGGGAGGAGGAGGUCAGUGAGAAGGUGGGUGGAAACAAGAAGGUGAAGGUUCGAGCGGAGGGCAAGGAGGGGAGCAGCAAGAAGAGUAGCAAGGUGACCGGCAAGGGGAGUGUGAAGGGGAACGCGAAGGAAAGCACCAAGGCGGGGAAGAAAAUUAGCGAGAAGACCAGCAAAAUGAGUAAGAAGGAAAUCAAGGAGGCAGAGGACGAAGAGGAAGGUUGA